CACCAUUUCUCUGCAACUCUCUUAUUUAUAUUUAUUAUUAUUAUAUAUUUAUAUAUAUAGUCUUGUCGACCAUGGCAAAUCCGUGAUAGAGACUACAAGUGGCACUCACACUACACUCACUGUUUUUUGUAACACUAUAUUUCUUAUCUCUAUAUCUUAUCUUGGCACCAUUUAAACAGACCCAGUUUUCCUUCUGACUACUUUUAUCAAAUUGUUUGAAUAGUAAAGAAGUAAAGGCAAGAAACCAUCACUUUGUGUCAAGAAUUUGGGGGGCUAAUUGGUAAAUGUGAUACAAGAGAUAAAUGUGGUUGAAUUUGAAUAGAGUGGAUGGAUGUAUAUGAAUCAAACCAAGCAUUAGAGACCACCCGAAACCCGGAAUUGCUGCACGUAAAAAACCAUGGAAUAUUACAUCAUCCUCUCACUCGAGAGGGUGGUUCGAGAUACAAAUCACCUACACCAAGGCGGUUUCCAUCGCCAAGUGUUACAAGAACAGUUACACCACCACCAGCAGCAGCACCUGCAACUGCACCAAAGAGAGCUGUAUCCACUGGAAGGAGGCUGGCAGUAACACCGCCCAGCCCCACUACCCCGGUCCACGAUACAUCUGUGUACACUGAACUGGCUGCUAGAAAGGCGAGUGGUGGUAGUAAAUUGCCAGAGUCAUUAUGGCCGUCAAGAAUGCGUAGUUUGAGCGUUGCUUUUCAGUCUAAUUCGUAUUCGAUGCCAGUGAGUAAAAAGGAAAAGCCUCCACCUCAGGCUGUUUAUGAUCGUACUUUGAAGCCGUCUUCAAAUGUAACACAUAAACAGCCUGUUUCAUCGCCUACGUAUAGGAAGGCUACACCAGAGAGAAAAAGAAGCCCCCUUAAAGGAAAAAGCAACAUUGAUCAGUCAGAGAAUUCUAAACCGUUGGAUGGGUUAAAUUCUAGACUCGUUGAUCAGCAUCGGUGGCCUAGCCGAACAGUUUCAAAUGUUUUGAAUAAAAGUAUAGAUCUAUCUACUGAAACUAUCAAAAAUAUUACCUCUCCAAAUCUCAGGAGAAUGUCUUUGCCUGGUGAUAGAAACCGGCCUCAAAGAAUAUCGAACCUUGUUUCAUCAAGUUCAUUAGAGAAAAAUGAUGGAUCAUUACAAUCAUCUCCAAAUAAUUUGACAAGUGGUUCACGAGGAGUGAGUCCAUCUCGAACACGAGCCAUGAUUUCUGCACCCUCUAGAGGGGUUAGUCCUAAUCGAAUGAGGUCAUCAAGUCCUUCAAAGCAGCUAUGCAAUUCCAAUAAUACAGUUUCGGUUCUCACAUUUAUUGCUGACAUUAAGAAGGGCAAAAAUGUUGCUAAUCGUAUAGAAGACGCUCACCAUUUACGGUUAUUGUAUAACCGACAAGUGCAGUGGCGGUUUGUUAAUGCCAAUUCAGAAGCUAUGAUGAAUUCCCUGAAAAUUACUGCUGAGAAAUCUUUGAUUAAUGCCCAGAGAACUAUGUCUCAACUCCAAGAUUUAGUAGCUGCAAAGCGGAUUAACAUCUGUCAGUUGAAACUGCAGCUAAAGCUCUACUUGGCUUUGAACCACCAAAUUGCUUACCUUAAUCAAUGGUCUUCGAUAGAAAGGGAGCACGGUUUUUCAUUACAUGGUGUUAUUGAAGAUUUACAAGCAAGCACCUUACGACUUCCGGUCACUGGAUGUGCUAUGGCAAAUAUUCAAAGUGUGAAGUCUGCUGUUUACUCAGCCAUCCAAGUAAUGCAGACAAUUGGAUCUUCCUUACAAUCUACAUUAUCAAGGCUGGAGGAAACAAAUUGGCUGGUUUCCGAACUUUCAACUGUUAUAGCACAAGAAAGAGCUCUUCUUGAUGAAUGUGAAUCUUUAAUGGCAUCUACAUCUUCUCUGCAGGUAGAGGAAUACAGCCUUAGGACAAAUCUCGUACAGUCGAAUUGAAACAAGGUUUGAAGAGUGUAUGAUACACCGAUAAAUGAUACCUUCGUGAUUCCGUCCACAUCUGACACUAACUUCAUUUCAUUUUGUAUCGUAAGGGGUGAAAGUGCAUCAACAACGACACGUGGUGUGUCGCUAAUAUAUAGUGUGUGUCGCGUGUACAGUUUUCUUUUUUCACAUGUGUGGUUCUUUUCUCACCUCAUUUUAGGAGGGGAGUUGAGGGUGAUGGUGAAAAAUUGUAACUAGUUGAUGUAUCCAAUAGCAAUGGCAAUGCAAUGGUUAUAGCUUCAUUCAUUCUAUA